CGCAGAACAGCAUCGUGUACAUGAAAUAUUAAUCGUUUGAUACUCCACAUCCACUGCUCCAUAUUGCAUUAUGUCGUAUCAUAAGGCACGGAUAUAACUGUCUUGUCAGCAUUGUAGAAGUAGAAUAUGUAGUUUCUUGCGAGGACCGACAGUCGAUAACAGUACAUACGAGUCGGAUCACAAACAUUACCCCAGUCAGACAGUAGUGAGAAAAAUGGCGGAUGUUGACUUGAACAUCGACAAUCUUAUACAAAGAUUGCUGGAAGUGCGAGGAUGUCGACCUGGAAAGUCAGUGGUUAUGACGGAAGCGGAAGUACGCGGGCUUUGUCUGAAGUCACGCGAGAUCUUCCUGCAGCAGCCAAUUCUUCUGGAGCUUGAGGCACCUUUGAAAAUCUGCGGCGACAUCCACGGACAGUACACCGAUCUUCUGCGACUCUUCGAGUACGGUGGCUUCCCACCGGAAGCAAAUUAUCUCUUUCUGGGUGACUACGUUGAUCGGGGGAAGCAGUCGUUGGAAACGAUAUGUCUACUACUUGCAUACAAAAUCAAAUAUCCAGAAAACUUCUUCCUGCUGCGCGGAAAUCACGAGUGCGCCAGCAUAAAUAGGAUAUAUGGAUUUUACGACGAGUGCAAGCGCAGGUACAACAUAAAGCUGUGGAAGACUUUCACGGAUUGCUUUAACUGUUUGCCAAUAGCGGCGAUAAUAGACGAGAAGAUUUUCUGUUGUCACGGCGGACUCAGUCCUGAUCUCCAGGGAAUGGAACAAAUAAAGAGGAUUAUGCGACCGACUGAUGUACCGGAUACGGGUCUUCUAUGUGACUUGCUGUGGUCAGAUCCCGACAAAGACGUUCAGGGUUGGGGCGAAAACGACAGAGGCGUAUCCUUCACGUUUGGACCGGAUGUCGUGUCGAAAUUUCUCAAUAGACACGACAUGGACCUGAUAUGUAGGGCACAUCAAGUCGUGGAAGAUGGUUACGAAUUCUUUGCUAAACGACAACUGGUCACGUUGUUCUCUGCGCCGAAUUAUUGCGGCGAAUUCGAUAACGCCGGCGGUAUGAUGAGCGUUGAUGAGACACUCAUGUGUAGUUUCCAGAUCCUGAAGCCGUCCGAGAAGAAGGCUAAAUAUCAAUAUGGCGGUAUGAAUGCCGGUCAGGGUGGCAGACCAUCGACGCCACAAAGAAAUCCAACAAAAAAAAAAUGACCGCCCUUCGCUGACCCUGCAUAGCAGCAAACACUGUCGUUCUAGCCACAGGACAUACGACUACUGUACUAAACCAAUAACUUAAAAGUUAAAAGUAUGACCUCUUCCUCGAUUGCGUCUUAAAGGUAUCCGGCAGAAUAAUUGCAAAACGUUCUUUAUACUUGCACCGUAUCGAUCGUGUUAUAUGGGAGUUCGUCCUAUGUGCACAGGAUAUAUAUAUUAAAAAAGAAAUUCUAAUCUUAAUUCGUCUGCCUUAAUUUCACACCGACACAUUUAUCUUUUCGCGUUUAACCAACAGCAUUUCGACACGUCAUUUAACUAUUUAUUGUUUAAUAUUAAACGUGUAAUUAUUAAUAUUACGUUCACCUUGCAAUUAAUUUAAUUGUUGUUGAUUAGCGAGGAACGCCAUAUAAAUAUAUAUAUAUAUAUAUUUUUUAAAUAUCCAUCUCACAAAUGAUAAAGACAUCAAGAGUAAGAAACGUUUCUCCACCUCGUUUAUCAAAUAACCAUCGACUCCAUCACUUCCUUCUUCAACUUUACUCAUCGACCCAUCCACCUAUCCAGUCUCUGAUAUUCAGCGACAUUGAUUGUCGCUGAAGGAGUCGUUAUCAAUUAUUGUCGACUAGCGAUAGUGCGUUAAGUAAUUUUUCUUCUCCGUUCUUCGGAACUCCCGUCUGAAAAAGGGAAAGAAGAUGAAAUAAGAGAAAAUCAGUAUUUUUAAGACGAUGCUUCUAUAUCAAUGAUUAUGCCUUUAUUCGACAUGUAUCUCAAGAGGGAUUUAAGCGUACCUACUUAGCGAACUAGUGAUGAAUUGUUAAAGCGCGAUGGUCGCGCGGGGAUAGGAUACCGACUUCAAAAGAAAAAAUUAUUAAGUGUAAGACGUAUUCGAAUGUUUUAAAGAGGCUAAUCAAGGAUGCGAACUGAAUGUUAAACUUGAUAACGAGACAUAAAAAUUCACAGAGGGCUCCUUCAAAUGUUAAAAAAUCGUAAACCUGUCUAAUAAUUUAAGUUCAGCGUCUUCUUCAGCCACUACGUACUCUGGCAGUUGAACGAGAUAUGUAAUACCUGGAGAGAAUCCUGGCGAUCCUCUUCCUCCUCCAUGUUACGAUUAGAAUUUUUUGCCACAAGACUAUGCGUUUAUUUUUUUAAUUUUUAGUAAGACUAAUUUUCAUUUGUCCAACGAGCGACACGAAUUAUUGUUAGCAAGUAAGGUGUAACGCACGACUCGGCGGCGUCCUUAUCCCCGACGGACGAUUGCGAGAGGUUAUCCCUUAAUGUGCAUUUUAGCCAAGAUACAUAUAUUAUUUGUAAGUGAUGUACCUGGUGCGAUUGGACGGACGUGUCUUUGCGCGGACAAGGACUAAGUGAUGCGAGAACGUGGAGUUCUUAAUUGUGACGUCGUUAUAAUUAUUGGAUCGUCCUUACUCACUGGGUACGUCAUGUUGAGGACAUCCUGAAGAUGUAAAACUUUCAGAUAAUAAACAUGCAUAUUGUUGUA